CCGAUCGUUGGUUUGACCUCCAGUCAAAUAACUCCAAAUCAAGCGACCAAAAGUCCUGCCAAAAUCACAUAGUUCGUCAUGUUAGAAUUUACACAAUAAAGGCCUACUUCUGGCACGAAACAGAGUGCUUUGACGCUCGCCGCUCAGCCCCACAACCGUCCAGAGACUCGGGAGAGGCCUCCCAUGAAAUCUGGAUUCCCACCGACCUUUUGUUUCAAAUAUUAGCCCGCGAGGUCGUAAUUAAGCACCCUAAAAGUCGCGCCAAAUUCACAGAGGUCCUCAUGUUACAAUUUAGGCAAUAAAGGCCAACUACUGCAGCGAAACUGAAUUUUUUGACGGUCGCCGCUCGGCCCAACAACCGUCCAGAGACUCGGGGUAGGACUCCCCUGAAAACUGGAUUCCCACCGAUCUAUUGUUUCAAAUCUUAGCCCACUAGGUCGUAAUUAAGCACCCUAAAAGUCGCGCCAAAUUCACAGGGGUCCUCAUGUUACAAUUUAGGCAAUAAAGGCAGACAUCCCCUGAAAGGUGGAUUCACAACGAUCGAGUUUGUCGAACAUCAGCCCACAAGCUCAAACUUAAGGGUUCAAAAGUUCUGCCGAAAUCACAUAGGUCGUCAUGUUACAAUUCAGUCAAUAAAGGCCUACUACUGGAGCGAAACGGAAUGCUUUGACGGUUGCCGCUCGGCCCCACAACCGUCCAGAGACCUGGGGAAGACCUCCCCUGAAAGGUGGAUUCACAACGAUCGAGUGUGUCGAACGUCAGCUCACUAGCUCAAACUUCUGGAAAUGGGGAAAUGGAGGAAGGCAUAAUAAUUGCUGUGUCCCAGUGUCCAGAACUUUGGGCCAAUAGAAAUAUACAGAGACGUCUCUGUGGGAGGCUUUCAAACUCCCUUUCAAAGCUCCCUGCUCAGCCUGAAAUAGACCUCGAAGUGCUCUUCCUGGAACGAGAAAGCUGAAGAACAAGUUUAAACUCAGUUACUGCCGUGAAAUUAGUGUGGGAUAUUCCCAUUCCUUGUUUGCUGCUGCGUCACAUCCUCCUCGUUAAAAGAAGCAAAGUUUGGAGGCUUUCUUUUCUCUUUUCCAAAGAUGACAAAUAAUGUACAUAUUGUCAAGUUGCGGUCCACUAGUGGGAAAGCCUAACGACUUCCUUCUGGGCUGAUGCAACACCACUUCCAAAUAUUGGAUGGCCGCACCCCCGUUGCUCUCAUCGUUGUCGUCCUUUCCAUAUGAGCAAGUGCAGUGUGAAAAGACCUUAACACCAUCAAAGUUAGAGAUGAGCUAACACUGACCCCCUAUCCCCCCCCCCCCCCCCCCCCACACUCCUUUUACCACCUUCGUUCCAAUGAUGAUGAGUAGAUGCUGUCCAUCUGGUCGGUUGGAGAAGAGGACUUGACAAUGGACAACCUGGAGCCCCUGACACCUGAGUCACUACAUUUCCCUCGAGUGAAGACUCCUCGGUGUCUACUUGCCACUCCUGGAAUGGUUUAUUCACCAAACAGUUCAAAGAAUGAGGACCUGUAUGUCUUUCAACUCCAGAAAAUGAAGAAACCAAAUCAGGUCAACGGCUGCAAACAAGUUCCAGCGAAGAGCUUCUCGCCCAUACCAGCAGUCAAACGAACAACGGGAAAAUUUGAAAUCCCAGAAUGAUGACCAUUUGAGCUGGCUCCAGGUGUCGCCUCCAGACGGCGUCCCACAUUCCUGAAUUCAAUGCCUAUAGUGGCUCCCCGCAGUCCUCUUCUUCCUUGACAUCUGUUCUUUAUUGUCUCCAGACACACCCUGAUGGGGGGGCUUUCCUGCAAUAAACUCCUACCCCCUUAUCUGAUUAUAUUGCACUACACAUCCUUGCUUACCUUCCAAACUAGUUACAC